AUGCUCCGGGGCUUAUCCAGCGAACUGUCGAAACAACCUGCACUCUAUUCGCUGCGCGCCAAGGGUCGAAACGUCAGGCGGGGCGCGGGCGGUUUCGCGCGCUCAAACACGUUAGGCCGCGCUAUACGACGCAUUGAUUUGUUAAUCGGGGGCGUGUUACGGCGCGAUUCGGACCCAAAUGCCUACGCGACAAGGUCCAUUGUGCGUCGACGAGACCUCGCCGGCGAGACCGGUUCGCGCCACGGGCCGGGGAAGCGUCGUGUACCGUCCAUCAAAUUAAAAGAUAUGCGAAAUGCACGA